CGACCGGAUGAACACGAGAGGCUGAGCUUGUGCUUAUGGCUGAGUUUUCGCAGUAUCUUGGCGAAGGUUUCAAGCUAAGAAACAGGACUUUCAUCGUGCGGCACGGCCUGGCGGAGUCGAACGUGAAACAGGUGCUAGUGACUAAACCUGAACAAGGAACUACGUUAUGGGGACUUGUAGAGGAAGGACGAAAGCAGGCUAAGGCUGCUGGUGAAAAGCUGAAAGAACUGAUUGGCUCAGUUUCCAGUGAAGACAUAGUCAUCGUGAGCUCAGACUUCACCAGGACACGAGAGACGGCCGAAAUAAUCCACAGCACCCUUCAGCCCAAGGUGCCGCUUCGACUGAACGAAGGUCUUCGUGAGCGAGACAUGGGUGACAUGGACCUAUUGCAUGUCAGCGAAAGUAUGACUCCAAACCUCUUCGAUCUGUGGAAAAACGACGAAGAAGAUGUGAUGACUGCCGAGCACAACGCAGAGAGUGUGGCUACCAUUGCUGCAAGGAUGAGCGCCGUUGUGAAAUCAGUGAACCAAGAGUUUGCCGGGAAAGUGGUGAUACUUGUUUCGCACCAGGACCCGCUGCAUAUACUGCACGCUCUCUUCGUGGGCUUGCCGCUGGCCCAGCACAAGAAACAGGAGCCGCCAAUAGGGAACUGUGAUAUCCGAGAGCUCAUUACGCAGUAGUAGUGGGCAUUGUCAUUAUUGUUGAUAAACACGUAUAUACGCAUGCGCAGUAAACGAACCACGUACGACGAGCGGACAUUCCGCCAGCGACGUUCUGCCAGUUUAUUGGAGUUCGUGGUUCUGCUGCUGUUGUUGUGUCUCUACAGAAUUACCUCUGCAAAACCUGCAAAAUGUCUUCCGGACAGAAUCUUUACGAUCCCCAUGUCCCGCCGCCGACUCAAAUGGGCACCUACCCUCCUCCUCCGCCGCCCGGCGAGCCCGCACCGCAGUAUCAGCCAGCGCCCCCGACUUUCCAUCAGCCGGCGCCGGGCUACUACCAGCCCAUGGCGCCACAACAUACGACGUCCAACAACACUACUGUCGCUGUUGUGAACACCGCACCUACGGUCUGUGCCGUAAUCCCCCAGUACCCACCUCCCACCUACGUGGUACUGAACAUCCUCACCCUACUCUUCUGCUGCUUUCUCUUUGGCCUCAUUGGAGUCUUCUACAGCAUACAGGUGGAGUCUGAAUGGUCACGUGGCAACCACGCUGGAGCCGUAAGCGCCUCUCGCACGGCCAGGAACUGGGGCAUUGCUGGCAUUCUGACCGGCUCGUUCUCUAUUGUCGGGUUCAUCAUCUUUUCUAUCAUCAUCAGUGCCGUCAAUUCAGCUUCUAGCUCCUCAUAUGACGACUAAUGAUGUCGGAGAUCUGCUUCAGCAAACUUCUGCUGUGAUCUUUAAAAACUUUGAUGUUCAUUCAAUACAUGUAUGUAGUAGUCGAAACUAGUGCAAUAAAAAAUAUAUUGCAUGCCGGUGUGUUGUUUAACCCUUGUAUGUAUGUACCAUUUGAACCUAUAAAUCCCCUGCUUGUAGUGUCUUGUAUUCAGUGCAAAUAUUAAUCAACAUUUCCUUUUUAAA